AUGCCCGGCGGCCGAAAGCUUCCGGCCCCGUUCGCCGGUUUCUCCCCCUUUGCUCGCUCCCUCAUCUUCUCCGCCGCCGCCUCAAGCUGUCCAAAACCGCUUCCUCUCCCCGACGCUUCCACCUCCGCCGCCGACGCCGACGCCGACGCCGAAACCCCUCGCCAAGGUACACUUCCGCUCGUCCCGGAACGAGUUACCCCUAGCCCCGUUGCUCGAAUCACGCCACUCAAUGCACGCCUCGCUUUUUCGCCAGUCGACAUGCCGCGGCCGCCGUCCAAGCGCGCGAAGCGGGCCGAGCCCUCCAGCGACGAGGUGGAGGACCGCGGCAGCAGCGGAAGCGAAGAGGAGAGCUUCAGCACCAGCGGCAGCGACAGCGACAGCGACGACGGCGAGGAGUCUUCGGAGGAGCUCGAGACGGUGCAAGCGGACUUCGCCUUCUUCGACCCCAAGCCGAGCGACUUCCAUGGCGUCAGGCUGCUGCUCAAGACGUACCUCGACUCCAAGCCCUGGGACCUCACCGGCUUCGUUGACCUUAUCCUGGCACAGACGACAGUAGGCACGGUCGCCAAGUUGGCUGAUGACGACGACGAGGAAGGGGAAGGAAACGGUGCUGAGAAGGCCAAUUCCAGUAACAACACUGACGAUGAUGAUCUGUUUGGUCUCAUUAGUGUGCUCAAUUUGGGACGAUACGCUGAGCAAAAAUGCAUUAAGGAUCUUAAGGAGUAUCUGCUUGCUGUCUGUGCCGACAAGGGUACUAAGAAGCAGCUCAGGUCUCUGCUUGAAGAGAAAGCGUCGAGUGUGGGCCUGCUGGUGUGUCGACGCUUUGUGAAUUUCCCUUAUGAACUCGUGCCUAAGCUGUAUGACGCGCUCUUUGACGAGGUCUCCUGGGCAACAGAAGAUGAGCCAACAAAAGAACUCCAGGACUCCUUCCGGUUCAAGCACUACCUGCUGGUUGUCAGAAUGCUCGAGAGAACCCCUGCAAAACAUAAAUCAAAGAAGAGCAAAGAUGAUGACGAACCUGUUAUCUAUCCGAAGUUAGAGGAUGAAUUUUUUCACGAGCUUAGCUCAUGGUCUUUCACUUUUCCAAUACGUUCUGAGCAGGCAGCUCAACAGGAGAUGAAAAAUUACAAAGAGAUGGGCUUAGUGAUGGCAAUUAAAGCUGACGCAGUUCCAAAGUUUCGAAAGAAGUUGGAAGAUUUGGUGUCCGAAUAG